AGGAAGCGGAAGUAAAGGGCGGUCGGCAGCUGGUCUCUCCUUUGCGAGGCCGGCUUGUGAGCAGAGCCGCGGGAAAGGCGCGUGUCGGCCGCUCACUGGCGCAGCUGCUGCCGCCUGCGCCGCUGUCCUGCCCCGCCCCGGCGUUGUCGCAGGUGCCGUCGCGGACAGAGCGCGGCCCCUGGCAUGGGCUGGCAAGGGGAUGAGAGCGGCGCGUGUGCUGCAGCUGCAAGACCAGUGACAGGACUUUGCCGUAAAAUGGGCCUUCUGACUAUGCUUACUGGACUAUGGCUGUUUUCCUCAGUUAAGGCAGAUUCAAAAGCCAUUACGACCUCUCUUACAACAAAAUGGUUUUCCACUCCGUUGUUAUUAGAAGCCAGUGAGUUUUUAGCAGAAGACAGUCAAGAGAAAUUUUGGGAUUUUGUAGAAGCCAGUCAAAAUAUCGGAUCAUCAGAUCAUCACGGUACUGAUUACUCCUAUUAUCAUGCAAUACUGAAAGCUGCAUUUCAGUUUCUGUCACCACUACAGCAGAAUCUGUUGAAAUUUUGUCUGUCUCUUCGCUCCUACUCAGCUACAAUACAAGCCUUCCAGCAGAUAGCAGCUGAUGAACCGCCACCAGAAGGAUGUAAUUCAUUUUUUUCAGUGCAUGGAAAGAAGACUUGUGAUUUUGAUACCCUUGAGACUCUUCUACUAACAGCCUCUGAAAGACCAAAACCUUUAUUGUUCAAAGGAGAUCACAGAUACCCCUCAUCUAAUCCUGAAAGCUCAGUGGUUAUUUUCUACUCUGAGAUUGGCUCUGAGGAGUUUUAUAAUUCCCACCGACAACUUAUUUCAAAAAGCAAUGCAGGCAAAAUAAAUUACGUAUUCAGACAUUAUGUAUCAAACCCCAGGAAGGAGCCUGUUUACCUCUCUGGCUAUGGUGUGGAGUUGGCCAUUAAGAGCACCGAGUACAAGGCCAAGGAUGAUACUCAGGUGAAAGGAACUGAAGUUAACACCACAGUGAUUGGUGAAAGUGAUCCUAUUGAUGAAGUUCAAGGGUUUCUCUUUGGAAAGUUAAGAGACCUGCACCCUGACCUGAAGGGACAGUUGAAAGAACUCAGAAAGCAUCUGGUUGAGAGCACCAAUGAAAUGGCACCUUUAAAAGUCUGGCAGUUGCAAGAUCUAAGUUUUCAGACUGCUGCACGGAUCUUGGCUGCACCUGUUGAGUUAGCUCUCGUGAUUAUGAAGGAUCUCAGUCAAAACUUUCCCACCAAAGCCAGAGCAAUAACAAAAACAGCUGUGAGUUCAGAACUUAGAGCUGAAGUGGAAGAGAAUCAAAAGUAUUUCAAGGGAACUUUAGGGUUACAGCCUGGAGAUUCAGCACUAUUCAUCAAUGGACUUCAUAUUGAUUUAGAGACACAAGAUAUAUUCAGUCUGUUUGAUAUAUUGAGGAAUGAAGCUCGGGUGAUGGAGGGUCUACAUAGACUGGGAAUAGAAGGCCUUUCUCUGCAUAAUGUCUUGAAACUGAAUAUACAGCCCUCUGAGGCCGACUAUGGUGUGGACAUCAGGAGCCCUGCUAUUUCGUGGAUCAACAACCUGGAAGUUGAUAGCAGAUACAAUUCAUGGCCUUCUAGUCUACAAGAAUUGCUUCGCCCCACCUUUCCUGGUGUGAUCCGACAGAUCAGGAAGAACUUGCACAACAUGGUUUUCAUAGUUGAUCCUGUUCACGAAAGCACUGCAGAGUUGAUUAACACAGCUGAGAUGUUCCUCAGUAAUCAUAUACCACUAAGACUUGGUUUAAUCUUUGUGGUUAACGACUCUGAAGAUGUUGAUGGGAUGCAAGAUGCUGGAGUGGCUAUUCUGAGAGCGUAUAACUAUGUUGCACAAGAAGUGGAUGAUUAUCAUGCCUUCCAAAUUCUGACACAUAUGUAUAACAAAGUAAGGACUGGAGAAAGACUGAAAGUUGAACACGUGGUCACUGUCCUGGAGAAGAAAUAUCCAUACGUGGAAGUGAAUAGCAUUUUGGGAAUUGACUCUGCAUAUGAUCAGAAUCGAAAGGAAGCAAGAAGUUACUAUGAGCAGACUGGAGUUGGUCCACUGCCAGUUGUCCUAUUCAAUGGAGUGCCCUUGGAAAAGGAGCAGCUAGACCCUGAUGAAUUGGAAACCAUUACAAUGCACAAAAUCCUAGAGACUACAACUUUCUUUCAAAGAGCAGUGUACUUGGGUGAACUGUCCCAUGAUCAAGAUGUGGUAGAGUAUAUCAUGAAUCAGCCAAAUGUUGUUCCACGAAUCAACUCUAGGAUUUUGACAGCUGAGCGAGAAUACCUGGACCUAACAGCAACCAAUAACUUUUUUGUGGAUGAUUAUGCUAGAUUUACCGUCUUGGAUUCCCAAGGCAAGACUGCUGCUAUAGCCAACAGUAUGAAUUAUCUGACUAAGAAAGGAAUGUCCUCCAAGGAAAUCUAUGAUGAUUCUUUUAUUAGGCCAGUAACUUUUUGGAUUGUUGGGGAUUUUGAUAGCCCUUCUGGAAGGCAAUUAUUGUAUGAUGCUAUUAAACAUCAGAAAUCCAGUAAUAAUGUUAGAGUAAGCAUGAUCAAUAAUCCUAGUGAAGAUAUAAGUUACGAGAAAACUCAGAUCUCCAGAGCAAUCUGGGCUGCUCUCCAAACCCAGACCUCCAACUCUGCUAAGAACUUCAUCACAAAAAUGGCCAAGGAGGAGACUGCAGAGGCCCUGGCUGCAGGAACUGACAUCAGGGAGUUCUCUGUUGGGGGCAUGGAUUUCAGUCUUUUUAAAGAGGUCUUUGAGUCUUCCAAAAUGGAUUUCAUUUUGUCUCAUGCCAUGUACUGCAGGGAUGUUCUAAAGCUGAAGAAAGGACAGAGGGCAGUGAUCAGCAAUGGAAGGAUCAUUGGGCCACUGGAGGACAGUGAAUACUUUAAUCAAGACGAUUUCCACCUCCUGGAAAAUAUCAUCUUAAAAACUUCAGGACAGAAAAUCAAAUCUCAUAUUCAGCAGCUUCGGGUAGAAGAAGAUGUGGCCAGUGACUUGGUAAUGAAGGUGGACGCUCUCCUGUCAGCUCAACCAAAAGGAGAUGCAAGAAUCGAAUACCAGUUUUUCGAAGACAGACACAGUGCAAUUAAACUGAAACCCAAGGAAGGGGAGACGUACUUUGAUGUCGUGGCUGUCAUUGACCCUGUCACCAGAGAAGCACAGAGACUUGCCCCAUUGCUUUUGGUUUUAACUCAGCUGAUCAACAUGAAUCUAAGAGUGUUCAUGAACUGCCAAUCUAAACUUUCCGACAUGCCGUUAAAAAGCUUUUACCGUUAUGUCUUGGAACCAGAGAUUUCUUUUACUUCAGACAAUAGUUUUACUAAGGGGCCAAUAGCAAAAUUUUUGGAUAUGCCGCAGUCUCCUCUGUUCACUCUGAACUUGAACACACCUGAGAGUUGGAUGGUAGAGUCUGUCAGAACACCAUAUGACCUUGAUAAUAUUUAUUUAGAAGAGGUGGAUAGCGUCGUGGCUGCUGAGUAUGAGCUGGAGUACCUGUUACUAGAAGGUCACUGCUAUGACAUCACCACCGGCCAGCCCCCCCGGGGACUGCAGUUUACAUUAGGAACUUCAACCAAGCCAGUCAUUGUGGAUACCAUUGUUAUGGCUAACCUGGGCUAUUUUCAGUUAAAAGCCAACCCAGGAGCUUGGAUUCUCAGACUAAGAAAGGGACGUUCUGAAGAUAUUUACAGAAUCUACAGUCACGAUGGUACAGAUUCUCCACCCGAUGCUGAUGAAGUUGUUGUUGUCCUCAACAACUUCAAGAGCAAAAUUAUUAAAGUGAAGGUUCAGAAGAAGGCAGACAUGGUGAAUGAGGACUUGCUGAGCGAUGGGACUAAUGAGAAUGAAUCUGGAUUUUGGGACUCCUUCAAAUGGGGCUUUACAGGAGGACAGAAGACCGAGGAAGUGAAACAAGACAAAGAUGACAUAAUUAAUAUUUUCUCCGUUGCAUCUGGUCAUCUCUAUGAAAGAUUUCUUCGCAUAAUGAUGCUAUCAGUACUGAAGAAUACCAAGACUCCAGUGAAAUUCUGGUUCUUGAAGAAUUAUCUGUCCCCCACGUUUAAGGAGUUUAUACCUUAUAUGGCAGACAAAUACAAUUUUCAGUAUGAGCUUGUCCAGUACAAGUGGCCCCGGUGGCUUCACCAGCAGACUGAGAAGCAGCGCAUCAUCUGGGGUUACAAGAUCCUCUUCCUGGAUGUGCUGUUCCCACUGGUUGUCGACAAGUUCCUGUUUGUGGAUGCGGAUCAGAUUGUACGAACAGAUUUGAAAGAGCUAAGAGAUUUCAAUUUGGAUGGUGCUCCUUAUGGUUAUACUCCUUUCUGUGACAGCCGCAGAGAGAUGGAUGGCUACAGGUUCUGGAAGUCAGGGUACUGGGCCAGUCACUUAGCUGGGCGAAAGUACCAUAUCAGUGCACUGUAUGUCGUGGAUCUGAAGAAGUUUAGGAAAAUAGCAGCUGGUGACAGACUCAGGGGCCAGUACCAAGGUCUGAGUCAGGAUCCUAACAGCCUUUCAAAUCUUGAUCAAGAUUUGCCCAAUAACAUGAUCCAUCAGGUGCCAAUUAAAUCACUCCCUCAAGAAUGGCUUUGGUGUGAAACGUGGUGUGAUGAUGCCUCUAAGAAAAGGGCAAAAACAAUUGAUUUGUGUAAUAAUCCAAUGACCAAAGAGCCCAAGCUGGAGGCCGCUGUUCGAAUUGUCCCAGAGUGGCAGGACUAUGAUCAGGAGAUCAAACAGCUACAGCAUCGCUUUCAGGAGGAGAAGGAAAUGGGAGCACUAUAUAGAGAUAAGACAGCAAAGGAGGCAAGCCGAGAAGGACCUCAGACACAUGAGGAAUUAUGAUCUCCAGAGGAGGAUAGGAAAUUACACCAUUUGAAAAACACUUUUUAUAUUAAAUGCUAGUUUUUUCCAAUUUGUCUAUACAACUGCUGAUGAACCGACUGGGCGUGCCGCCCUGUUCAUCCUGACUCCCGCACGCUGGCAGCUCUGGAUCUCUGGAGUUAAGGCUUUCUACUAGAUUCGAACCUCAGAGGAAGACAAGAAACUGAUCUUUGGGGGACUCAAUGAAGAGCAGGCCUCUCACCAGAAGAGAAGAUGGCAAAAGCAACUGGAAGAUCAACAAGCCCACAUGUGCUGCAGUGUCUUAAGAGGCCACUAGCCGGAGCCGUCGGGUCCUCCUUACCUCAGUCCACGGGGAGGGGCGGCGGAGCUCCGGUCUGCAGCCGGGGCCACCCUUCCGGGCGGAUAGUGGAUGGGGCGGCGCCUAUGCGAGCCUGUCCGGGUUUGCGCCAGUGGGCUCCUGUGCCGUUCCCCAGCAUCAGGUUCAUUGUUAAAUUGAAACCCAAUGAACAGUCAUGUGUCUUCAGGCUGAGCUCGGGGCAAAUUAAUUUGGGGAGAGGACGAGGGGAGGAGGGGGUGGGUUGGGGUGAGGGUAGGGAAAAUAGCAGCAGUAGGAGGGCUCUGGAAUGUUGGGGAAGGGGUCAUGAGGAAAACCAGAAAUUGGCCUUUCUUUUUUAUAAACCUUCAGAACCAUUGUGACUAAUAUGAAAUGAAGACAUUAUUCUUAUUCUGCGUCCAGCCCCAGUGAACUUUUUAAGUAAUUGUUUUGUAAGCAAUUUUUGUAUUUGCAAAAGUCUUUGCUUUCUCUUCCCACUUUCUUACAGGAAGUCUGUUAUUUCCAUACUGGAUACAGCCAUAAUAAGCCCUUCUCGUGAUCCACCUUGAGGGGUUCAGAACUCCCUCAGGAAGGUCACCACAUCAUUUACCCGCUGCUUCUCUGCAGAAUUUUUGUCUCUCAGACCCAGGGGAAGUUGGCUUUGUCUUUUUUCUACAAAAGACUCCCAGAUCUGAGACCAGGAGAGAUUUUGAUUGUGUAACUCAUGUUUUUCUAAAUACACCGUUCUGUAGUUCUUUUAGUUUAAGCCAGCAGACGUUGCCAGCGUUCCCCUCGUUCUGACUCUACAGAGUUGCUUCUUGAAGUAAGUUGGACUCAUGAGUCAUGGCUUUUUGUGUCCUUAGCAACCCGAACAGCCCUUGCGCAGCAGCCUUUGCUGCUGGGUGGGCAGUGCUGGGAGGCACCCAGAGGAGUCUUCGGUUGUGUGAGACUGCAGGUCCUGCUCCCUGUCUGCCCAGGCUGCAAGCUACAGCUGCAGAGCACUCCAUGGACUCCUUCCAGGGUCUUAGGACAAAUAUCAAGUAAUUAAUUUUUUUCCAUAUUCAUAUGCAAGCAUUAGUUCAGGAGUCUGUAAGUCUGAAGGAGCUUUUGAGUUUGCUUUUGUAAAAACUGGGGAGGAGGGACUUGUAGAUAAAUUGAUCCAAGACUAAAAAGGUCCCUUAGAGUUGUUGCUGUUGACAAAGGCGGUAGUGUGAUCUAUCCCCUUACCCCCACCCCCCAACACUGCUCCUCUACUGGUCAGAGCAGCUAAAGGGAUAGAAUCAAUGAGGAUGAAAACAUUUGCUCAGCUUCAUCUAAGGUUUAAUUAAGUCUUCCGAGAAGCUGCUGUCGCCACCACUUGUGUCUAUAAACUGUGGGCACAGUGGUGCUUUUUUCCAGUUUAUUUUCUGGGAUAUUGAGCAGGAAAUAACUAUAAAGUCACUGGAAUAUGCUUUCUAAAUGCUGGUUCCCCUGGGUCAUGGAACAGGGCACCUUUCCACCUCUUUAUGCCUGGUCUCUCAUGCAUAUUCUGUAUGAGGAAGGUGCAGUGUAAAAUCUAUUCUCUGUUCAGCGUGUAUUCUCAUUGCCCCUUACCACCCUGGAUUUAAGUCUCUAAAUAUGGAAGACCCAGCCUGCUUCUGAGAUGGCCUCAGACCCUCCUCCUCAUGCCAGGAAUUCUUGGUUCAUGUGGCAUAAGAUCUUCCAAAACGAAUCUCUAGCACCCUAGGAAAUGAUGCUGCCAUAAAAAUUUGGUCUUGGUCAGCUUUGUCUGCUGUUUCUACUGUGUGAAAGCAAAUUGUGACUGAAAAGAUUGGUAGAUUUUUUUUCUAAGAAACAUGAAUUGAUUUCACUGAAAAGUUGAAGCUUCUGGAGAUUGUUCACAGUGUGUUGUUUUUAACCAUCAUGUAUAUGUAAUGAAUUUUUUUCUUUCAUCAUGCCAUAAUAGAAAACUUGUCUUAAUCAGUGCCAGAGUGAUAUGAAAUAACAUAACAUGUCAGAAUGAAAUGCAACAGUGUGACUUUUUAUGUUCUGUGAACAGUGAUAUUUGAUUGAGGUCAAAAUGCGUGUAACACAAUCUGCUGUUGGGGCUGUGGGGACAUGCCUGUGUUUUGUUUUAAAAUUGUCCUCUGUACGUAGCACAUUGAGGAUGAUGGUGUGUUAGUUUUCCAUACAAUUGAUAAAGUGUUGAAUCUCUCACAAUGCAUUUCAGAUUGCAUACGCAUCUGGUAAGCCCAUGUAUUUUGUGAACUCAGCUCUCUGGAGAGAGCAAAGGUUUUAUAAACAUUAAGAAGCAGUUCCAAGAAUGGAGCUUAAUUUCCUCUGCUGUCCUCACGACUUCCUAUUACGAACCUUCUUAAGAUUCUGAUGGAGUAAACAACGAUUAUCUGGUUGCAGAGGCCCUGAUGGCCAGGGACAGCAGUGCAGCUUCCAGAAGAGACUGGGAGGAAGGAAAACCCAUCCCCUUGGCUGGGAGUUACACCAUACUGCACUGCGACCUGGAGCUGGCCAGAGACCACCCUCAAAACGAGUACGGUUCCCCUUCCCCACACCUGCUUCAUGCGUGAAUUUAGAUACUUGAAAGCAGUUUUUUUCCCCCUACAAUUGUCAUGAAUGGUUAAAAGAAAUGAUUCAACGCCAGAGUUCCAAGGGAACAUCUAGUGUGUUUCUCUGAAUAAAAUGAUGUUACUACUGUCGUAUCAAAUUUCAUGGAAAUAUUAAAGUUUUUGUAAAGCUAUGUAAUGGAAGAGUUCUCUUGGUAACAACAAAUGGAGGGUGCAUUGUGUGCAAAGUUAUUUAAAUUUAUAUUCCAUUGUGUAAUUUUAAUAAUUAGUUUUUUAAAUAUUUUAUGGGGACAUUUUUGUGGGUUAAUCAACUUGAAUAUUGCUGUUAAGUGUUUAGUCUGGUGGGAUAAACUUUUUAAUUUAAAUUCCUGUUUUCUCAGUCUUGACAUAGUGAGGAAAGAUCUUUAACCUGACAGAGUUCACCAAAUGUAGACAUCGUUAACUCAGGUUGUCAUUGCCAUUUCAGAGUAUCUGGAGGAUACCAGUUCCUCUUUUAUUAUUUGGUCUUUGAGCUCUCAACCUAAUGCAGAAAUGACUCUUCUGGGUGGCGAUGAGUCCGUGCACUGACUGGAGGAUCUCUCCCUGUCAGGGUGUCAUGAGUGCUGACAGUUUUUAAAAAACAAAUCAGGAAAUCAGCUUCAGAGGUAGUCCAGAAGUGAGGCCAUCUCCUGAGCCCUUUCCAAUUACCUCACAGCACAGAGGCCAAAUGUGGCAGAUUUAAGUAGGACAUGAGUUAGGGUAUGAACCAGGGCCUUCAUCCCACCUGUAAUUUAUGCAUCGCCUUACUUGUCACCUUUUAGAUUUCCUCAGAGAAAUGGGUAUAAUUCCUCUUUAAAAUGAAAAUAGCAAAAUACAGUAACCUAAGGUCAACAAUUUGAGACAAGAAUAUGAAGUACCAUGUUUUCCAGUCACUUGUUUUUGGUAAUAAUAAGGUAAACAGGGAAAAACAAAGUAAAAUAUUAGAAUUUUUAAAGAAACUAUGUACUUAAAAAAACCCUUUAUAACUCUUCUAUUUUACUGGAAUCAUGUUCUAUGAAAUGCACCAUAGGUUCGGGUGCUGCCCCUUGCUGUGGAGCAAGCACUGGGGUGCUAAAUGUCUGCAGAGCCCUCUGCGCCCGAAAUGAACUGAGAAUGAAUUUCUGGUACUGUAAUGAAAAUAAGGUCAACACAAUAAACUUUUCCUUCUCUUCUUUAAA